CAGCAGUCGGAGCGCGCCCCCCCCACCCACCCACCCGACACAGACACAGACACACACACACACACACACACACCUCACUGCAACGAUGAAGUUCGUUCGGUUCAUAAUGAAAAACGCCGCCUUGGCCAGUGUGCCCAAGCAUAUCGAGCAUUUCUCGAAAUUCUCUCCCUCGCCGCUCUCCAUGAAGCAGUUUCUCGAUUUCGGGUCCAUCAACGCCUGUGAGAAGACGUCCUUUGUCUUUCUGAGACAGGAGCUCCCCGUGAGGCUUUCAAACAUCAUGAAGGAAAUCAACCUCUUGCCUGACAAACUGCUCACAACCCCGUCUGUGCAAACGGUGCAGAGCUGGUACAUACAGAGUUUAAUGGAGAUCCUUGAAUUCCUGGACAAGAAUCCGGAUGACUACAAAGUGCUGGGAGAGUUUGUUGACGCCCUAGUCACCAUCAGAAACAGGCACAACGAUGUAGUGCCGACCAUGGCCCAGGGCAUCUUAGAAUACAAAGAGGCCUUCCCCUGGGACCCGGUGACCAACCAGAACAUCCAGUACUUCCUGGACCGCUUCUACAUGAGCCGCAUUUCUAUCCGCAUGCUCAUCAACCAGCACACUCUUAUUUUUGAUGGCACUACCAACCCUGUCCACCCCAACACCAUCGGCAGCAUUGACCCUCACUGUCAAGUUGGAGAUGUAGUCCAGGAUGCCUUCCACAGUGCCAAGAUGCUGUGCGACCAGUACUAUCUCCGCUCCCCUGACCUGAUACUACAGGAGAUGAACAACAAGAAGAAGAAGCAUUCAAUAAGCAUCGUAUACGUGCCCUCUCACCUUUAUCACAUGCUGUUUGAGCUCUUUAAGAAUGCUAUGAGGGCGACCAUUGAGACCCAUGAGAGCAGCAACAACCUCCCACCCAUUCAAGUCAUGGUGUCUCUGGGAGGUGAGGAUAUGUCAAUCAAGGUGAGUGACAAGGGCGGCGGCGUCCCGUUUCGGAGGAUCGAGAACCUUUUCAGCUACAUGUACUCCACUGCUCCUGCUCCACAGAUAGGAGAGCACACGCGGCCACCGCUGGCUGGCUUCGGCUACGGUCUGCCCAUCUCUCGUCUCUACGCCAAGUACUUCCAGGGGGACCUGCAGCUCUACUCCAUGGAGGGCCACGGCACAGACGCUGUCAUCUACUUGAAGGCGCUGUCCACGGACUCCAUCGAGAGGCUGCCGGUGUACAACAAAACUGCUCUGAAGAACUACAAAGUGAGCCAAGAGGCCGACGACUGGUGCAUACCCAGUAAGGAGCCCCUAGAUCUGAGCAACUAUAAGGUGGCCAAGUGAAAAUGUCCUCCGGGUCUGGUGCUUCACUACAUACCAUGAAGCCUCCAGAACACCUGCGUUCAUAUUCCCAUGUCAUCAUCUGCCACGGCAGAUGGGUACAGUCUGGUUUUAGCAGUAGCAUGUUCAUCUUGUUUUCAGUCCCCGUUGUCCUUCUGGGUUUUUUCAUGAGAAAAUAGACCAUUAGAAAACAGCUACUAACAGAGAAUACUUUUCACCAUCACCUCUGAGACUUUGGAGAGGGAGCUCCAAUGCUGCUAAAAUACACUUAGCAUCGGCAGGGGGUGUGUGUGGACACGGAGCCGAGAGUCACGUGCAGGUAGCGGGGAGGGAGAGAUUCGGCAAUGAGUGGGCCGAUGAAGACCUACAGAGGAGGGUUUUCCAGCUUAAGGCGUUAACGCAUGUCAUAAAUUUUUGCAGCCGUUGUUUAUAUAGGGGACAAAUAGAGGAAUUCACCUAAACAGGGGGAACCUGUUGUUGAACAGUUGGAAGAGAAAACAGAUUCCUGUCUUCUGUAGAAAAAUUUCACCCAAGCCUUACAGUAGCAACUUCACCCACAUGCUCAUUUCAUUGAAAUUACUUGAACUAUUUAAACUAAUACGCUUGUUGCACGUCGUUGAAUUUUAAGUACUGUAACGCUGUCGAGUCUGUCGAUUUGAACAAAUGUAUGACUUUGAAGUUAAGUGCUUUUGUGCUUUCUGCAUGGAUAUUUGUUUGGGCUUUUGAUAUUUCAAUCUUUAAAAAUUUAAUCAGAGUAUUCACACUGACUGAUAAGAUACUGUGUUAUCUUAGCAUCCUUUUUUUUUUUUUUGAUCCGGUUGAAUGUAAUCCACUCUACCGUGCAUUAGUUCGCAUUAAUUACGGAGAUAAAGAGUAUUAUAUGAUCGAAACUACAGCACCAUAGGGCCCAAUUUCUGUCUAAUGUAAAGCGUUUUACAGCCGGUGGGUCUGGAGUUUCAAGGCUUUUAGCAGAUUUCAAUGGAGGCAAGUGUUAUUAAACCCCAGAGGGCGAUUCAAGUCAGGUUUGAGUUCUGUACCAGUCUGUGAUCCAAUAAGGCAAGGCCAGUCCUGGAUCGUUUAUUACACAGUGCCAUAUGAGGACAAAAGGCUUUGGGUCCAUAUGUUCCGAAGAUGAAAAGUUUUCUUUUGUAUUAUAUUUAUCUUAAUCAUACAGCAUGUGAAAGGUUAUUUUUAUAGCUACACUUUUUGUGACCGAUGAUUGUAAAUACUGUAAAUACAAUCCAAAUAAUUAAAAAGAACAA